CUCACGUUGAAAAAAAAAAAAGAAUAAAUAAAUCAAUAAAUAAAUAAAUAAAUAAAUUAAAGAAUAGUCGAAUAUUUUAUUUUAAAUUAGACGUUAUUGCUUAUUGUUUUCUUCCAAUUAUUUGCUUCCACUUAUUAAUUGCCGAUUUUCAAAGUCCCAUUUCCAUUUUCAAUUGUCGAUUGUUAGUUAUUUCCUUCUGUUGAUCAGAAUGUCAUUAGAACCACUAAUGAAUUCAAAAGAAAUUGAUUCCACUUUCAGUGCUUUACAAAGCUAUACUCAAUCUGUUCAAUCGGUUCCAAACGUAGUCAAUUACAACCAGGAGCCAAACCAACUGCAUCCAGCUUACCACUCUCCCACUGACUCCAAUAAUGGCAACGCCAAUGGAAGCAACAAUAACACCAACAAUGCCAACAAUAAUAGCAACAAUGGUAACUCAGGGGUCAUCAUCAAAAGUAGUUCCAGUGAUAACAACUCUCCAAAUUCUCUAAUGUCAACCUCCUUAAUGGCUAUCAACUCACUAAACAAUGUGGAAAGACCUCUUUCAGCAAGUCUUAAUCUGGAUUUGAAUCCAACUAUACACAAUCCCAUGACAAAUGGUAAUACUAAUAACGGCUCAACUACAAAUCUCAAUUCCGGUCUCAACUCAAAUCAAAAUAUAAAUACAAGCUUGACUAAAAUCUCAAAUUCAAAUCUCAACAACAUCAACAAUAUCAACAAUUCUCCUCAAACUCACCACAGAACUAGAGUUAAUAGACCAGGUCAAAGAUUCGGUGCAAAGAAGAAGAGCUGGGUCUGGAACUGGUUUGUCCAGGACCCUGAGAACCCAAACAUUGCUACCUGUGAUGAAUGUCUGAAGCUUAUCGCCAGGCUACCAAGUGAUAAAGGCUCUCCUAAAAAGCUAUGCGAGCAUUUGAAAACUCAUAAAAUUACAAAAGAAUCAAUGAAUCCUCGGAGAACUGUGGUCAACACUGGCGAUUUCAGUAACACUCUAAUUAACAAUCUCACAAACAACAACCUCAAUAAUCUGAAUAACACCAAUAACAACCUAAACAAUAGUAGCAAUAACAAUUUAAACAGUCUCAGCAACAAUAAUAACAAUAACCUUAACCUCAACAAUAACAAUAACAACAAUAACAAUAACAAUAUUCUUAGCCACCAAAAUUCAAAUAUAAUCAAUAACUCAAACAGCUAUAAUGGCCCAUUAAGUCUUGGAACCACAAGCAACGGAAACACUGUCAUCGAUUCAAAAGAAUUCGAUAACACUGAGUACACCCAAAUGAAAUUUCAUAAAAACAUAAUGAAAUUUUUAACUGAAAACAGACUACCCAUUCAAAUUGUUAAAACUCAAAGCUUUAGACAACUAAUCUACACGCUAAGGCCUGAUUCAGUAUUAGACUUGAAUGAACUAAAUAACCUAUAUAGCUCUUUGCUACAACAACAUAGCCCAAAAUAA